AUGAAGGAGCAUCUGCGGCAGAAAACGCAAGAAGCCAGAAUGAUCUUCGAUCGAGUGGGUGCUGCCACACGCACUGGUCUUCUUGCCAGCAUUCUCUGGGCUUGGCAGUGCUCCGUCAUAGAGGGCCGGAAGCUGCAGAGCAUCCAAAACCAAGUGACGGAAGCAUCGCUAGAGGUGGAUGGUCUAAAAAUGCGUCAAAGCACUGCCAUCUGCAAUGUACAAAUGCGGACCGAGAAGCUGAUGGACAGCAGCCUGGUCAUUAGCGUGAUCAGCGCUUGGUCCCGAGAGACCAAGGAGAACCAUUUGGAGAAGUUCUAUUCCAACAAAGUGGACAGCAAACGCAAGCAGCUCACUGCCGUUCAGACUCUUUUCAAGAGCUUCGCUCGAGAUCUAGAGGAGAUUAUGCCGGAGCCUCCAGACCUGCCUAGCAAUGCUAAUGCCGUAACAUAUGCUGACGGUGACCAGGAGGACUGGCCCAUACACACCGAGCUCUUGGCAUCGGCCAGAGUUUCAGCCCUAGGACGCAUGCAAAUGCCUCAGCAGCUUUCUGGUCUUCAGCUUCAGCGGCCAAGCUUUCUGUUCCCAGGUCUCAAAGCAAGGCCGUUUUGGCCCCGGGAAGACUUUCCGAAGGUGGUCAACCUGCUCGAGGCCAGAGCUCCGAGACUUUCUGCAGAGGUGCGCCAGCUACUGGCCGAUGGAGAUUGCAGCACUGACAGCGAGGAGCGCUCCCCGCCGUGCAGGAUCUCAGGACGAAAGCGUCCACGUGAGGAGGCGGCUCAGAGGCGCCGUGCAAGGCCAGUUACUUGGCAACCGCAGGGCGAAGGUCUGCAUUCAGGUGUUUGGCUGAAGCUCGAGAUCUGGAGCAAAGGAGGCCUUGCAUCAGACAAGGCUGCGCCGGAGACUGAGGCUGCGGUCUCUGCAGCCAUGGACACGGGUGAAGCCAUGACUUCUGCGCCUGGCCGUGCUGCCCUGUCGCUCCUGACGCCGGAGCCCCGGCUGGGAGCUACGAUCAUGCCGCACUGUGGGCCAACCAACCAUCGACUGAGGCUUCAUUUGCCCUUGCUGCUUCCCGGUGGAGCGCAGCGGAUGUCCGGCCUCAAAGUGGCCGGCGAGACCCGUGAUUGGGAGCUUCACAGGUGCCUGGUCUUCGAUGACAGCUUUGAGCAUGAAAUACAGCUUCCACCAAGAACCCCCCCCGCUCCAAAGAGCGACGGCGAGCCCGGCGAGCCGCCCGGCCUGGCGCAAGAAGCGAGAGUCGUGCUGCUGCUGGACCUGUGGCAUCCGGAUGCAGACGAGAAUCUCAGGUCUGGAAGCUCGAAACCCGUUGCUAGCGUGGAAAAUGGGUUCAGCCAAGCUUGCACUCGCUUGCACUUAUCCUCGGUGAGCUGCUAG